AUGGCUACCCGUCGCAACCCCGCCACAGAGAAGACCACAACGUCCACCACUCCAUCCGCACAAGCGCUGUCAGCUCAAGAUGCUCCGCUAAAAGAAGCCAUGCAACUCCAAGACGUUCCCGGGUACCCGCACCAAGUGCUAUGGAAGCUCAUCGUGUACUCUAUCGCUGUUGUCGUCCUCCCCAUCUCCGCUUACUUCUACUCCAAAAACUAUAUUUUCGAGGGAAAUACCACAUACUCUGGCGCCAUCGCUGCCCUGACGGCGAACGUUGUCUUGAUCUCAUAUAUCAUUCUGGCUGUGCGGGAAGAUCGCGGGGAUCUGAUGAAGGGGCAAGAAGAAAAGAAGACAAAAUGA